AGAAAAAUCAGAAAAUACAUGAAAAUGCUUUGGUGACUCGUCGUUGAGAACUCUCAAAUACGGUUUGUUGUGAUGAGAUUGCUGCCUGUUGCAUUCAGUACCUGAUAUGUCGUACGUGUGAAGUGACGUAUCUACCGGUAGUUUUGUAAGCGAAGACAACUGCUCGUCGUCGACGUCGUGUAUACGUUUACUGAUUUACUUAGAGGUGAUUUGGAAAAAAAUUAAAGUUCGAGUGUUUGAAAAUUUAAUAUUACGAAAAAUCAGACGUGUGCUUUAAUUUAAUAAAUAUUAUAUUAUAUUUAUUCAUAUGAAUUUAUAUGAAAUUUUGUAAACAAAAAUAUUUUCAACGAAAUUGCACGCGUUUUUUGCUCAAGUGUUGUUGAAUUGUAUUGAAUUUUUUAUUGAGUGCUAUUUUUGACUAGCAGCGAGACGUGAUAGUAAAUAAUUUUAUACAACUAUUUAUAAAUAACAGCAAAACACAUUUGUUGAUUUCAUUUGUGUUGUGUUGUGUGUCAAACUGUGUAUAUUUGUACGCGUGUGUCUGCGUUAAAAGCAUAAAUAGCGUAAAUGCUGCACGAAUUCUUUAAGUUCAAUGAAAUAGAUAUUUGAACUUUUUCGGCUACGUUUUAUCAGUUUGAGAUAUAAAAAAAGUAAGCGAGUUACUCGCUAAAGCUGACAGCUUUUAUUUUCGACGAUUUAACGUGUCUUUGUUGUUGUUAUGAAUUUUUUGUGUUAUAUUCAGCGUACGCGCGUGUAUUUGACAACAACAAAAUAAUAAAAAAAUAAAUAAAAUAAAAAAUCAUAUAUUAAUUAUAAAUUGUACGAUUGUGUAUGGAAAAUAUAUAUGAAUAGCAAGCGAGUUCAUAUUACAACACAAACAAAUAAGCGAGUUAACUGCACACAUUUGACAUUACGCUGUUAAGGAAAUAUGCUUGUGGCUUACGACUAAAUGCAAAUUGGCAGCACUAUAUGGAGCAGCAGUAGAAACCGUUAGCUAAAUACGAGGCACGAGUUUCUUGCUGGAUUAAAUUUCACCUGAUUUGUAGCGUCACCUUUCGCCUAUAAUUAAACGCAACGUGAUCACGCGCUCACACCACGCAACAUUGGCGCAUUAACGCAAAAUUGCAAAAACAAAAGCAAAAGAGAAAAACAACAACAAAAGCAGAAGCGUUGAAAGAAAAUAAAAAAAACUUGCAAAAACAUCCUUUGGCGGACAACCAUCCAUCAGUCGCGCCAACUCUGCUGCAAAUCGGCUUAAGAGCUGUGAAAUAAGUACGAGAGACCGAAAUCUGUGCAAAAAUAACAACAACAACAAAGAACAACAAGGAGUUAAGCUCAGCUUCGCGCAAAAGACCCAUAAUUUUAGUGACGCCACAAUACCGUCGACCUUCCGACGUCGCGUCGCGCCUCCUCCACAUACAAGCCCGCGCUUUACGCCUUCAACAUCAGACCGCAGCAACACAACGACACUGCCAGCCAGCCACUUGAAGCCGGCGACCUUUUCGUUAGCCGUAUACCUUUUGUGAGGUUACCUUUUAUGUUGCUGUUGUUGUUGUUAUAACUGAUCGCCAAACGAGUAUAAGAACACCAGCAUCAUCGUUGUCGCCAGCUUGAUCACAGUUGUUGUUGUUUUUGUUAUUGGUGUUGCAGUUAUUGCUGUGAUUAUUAUUGUGUUGUGCGGCUGUGCGGCUGCCUAUUGUUGAUCACUUUCGAGCUGUUGUUCGUUAAAAAUUAUCAUUGUUUUUGUUAUUUUUGUUGCUGUUGGAUUCCCUCAACUUGAGCUGCGCGAACCUUGGCCGAUCGCAUGACCAUAUACAUACAGACAGACAUUUAUUUAUGAGCACAGCUCUCGUAUUUUAAACGGUGGCGACGAUCUUCCACGCUGCACGCCUGUAACUAUUCUACAAAAACAAUACAAACACCACGUAUGCUUACGUAUGCAACAUACGUAUAUAAUAAAUAAGUGUUAUUGCAAUGCUGCAGUAGUUGUUGUUAUUGUAUUUGGUGUUUUGGUCAAUCGUAUUGUGAAGGUGCAGCAGCUUAGCAGUUAAAAAAGAAGAAGUGUGGCAGAAGAACAGAAAAUAAACCGAAAAAAAAGAAUUAGUGAGGUCUAUAGACCUAUUGUGGUUGUUGUUGUAUAAUCUUUAUAAAAGAUUUUAAAGGCCAGCAACAGCGCGCUCAGAGCCUGUUGUGCAGCAAAGCCAAAAAGGAAGCGAAAACAGCCGAAAGGAGAACGAGAAUCAUCAUCAGCAACAGCAGCAGCAGCCGGAGUCACAGUCGACAAUAAUGGCGCCGAAAUCCAGAAAGAAGAAGGCACAUGCCCGUACACUGAGCUGUUAUUGUGAUGGCAGUUGUCCCGACAAUGUUAUAAAUGGCACAUGUGAGACACGUCCCGGUGGUUCCUGCUUUAGCGCAGUCGAAGAGGUUUACGAUGAGAUCACAGGCACAUACGAGGAGGAGCGAACAUAUGGUUGCAUGCCGCCAGAAGAGAAUGGCGGUCUAUUAAUGUGCAAAGUCGCCGCUGUUCCCCACCUGCAUGGCAAGAAUAUCGUCUGUUGUGAUUCGGGCGAUUUCUGCAAUCGCAACAUACACCCCGAAUACACACCGAAGAGCACCACCACCCCGCCCGAAUUGCCAGUAAGCUCACAAUCCAUACACUACCUGCUCAUGUUGACCUCACUGAUUGUGUGUCUGACGAUAUUUGUUGUGGUUCUCCUCAUAUUCUGUGUAAUGUAUCGACGUCGCGAGAAGCAAGGCAAGCAGCCGCGUCUCAUCAGCUCGAUGUGCAACAGUCAAAUUUCACCGCUUUCACAAUUAGUUGGACAGAGUACGGGUUCGGGUUCGGGUCUACCGUUGUUGGUGCAACGCACCAUCGCCAAGCAAAUACAAAUCGUGCGCACUGUGGGUAAAGGACGUUACGGCGAGGUAUUUCUGGCUAAAUGGCGUGAUGAACGUGUCGCCGUCAAGAUCUUCUUCAUGACUGAGGAGUCUUCGUGGUUCCGUGAAACAGAAAUCUAUCAAACUGUGCUUAUCAGACACGAGAAUAUACUCGGUUUCAUUGCGGCCGACAUCAAGCACAUGGGCAGUCAUACACAAAUGAUGCUCAUCACCGAUUUCCACGAGAAUGGCAGUCUGCAUGAUUAUCUCUGCACAUCGGUGAUUACACCGCAAAAACUACAACUGUUGGCCUACUCACUCGCCUCGGGUUUGGCACAUUUGCACGACGAAAUCGUUGGUACACCCGGCAAACCGGCUAUAGCGCAUCGUGACAUCAAAAGCAAUAACAUACUCGUCAAGCGUAAUGGUCAAUGUGCCAUAGCCGAUUUCGGUCUGGCCGUUAAGUACACCUCGGAAAUGGAUGAAAUACAAAUCGCACAAAAUGCACGUGUCAGUACGCCACGUUACAUGGCACCCGAAAUGCUCAAUCAGACAUUGAAUCAACAACAAUUUGAGGAAUUCAAACGCGCCGACAUGUACUCGGUGGGUUUGGUAUUGUGGGAGAUGUCGCGACGUUGUUACACACAAGUGCCUGGCACGAAUACGACAACGUGCGAAGAUUAUGCAUUACCCUAUCACGAUGUGGUACCCGCCGAUCCGACAUUCGAGGACAUGCACGAUGUGGUGUGCAUUAAGGGCUUCCGACCGCCAGUGCCGCAGCGUUGGCAGGACGACGAUGUUUUGGCGACCAUGUCGAAGAUCAUGCAAGAAUGCUGGCAUCCGAAUCCAACGGUGCGUCUAACAGCGUUGCGUGUGAAAAAGACACUCGGACGACUGGAGUAGUGCUGACAAAUAGCAGAGUUACGCCUGUGUGAGCGUGUAAAAUAUACGCUAAAUGAGUGGUCGCAGUAGCCAUGUCACUAAAGUGGCGUGGUAGUUUAAUUUUUAAGUGAUUUUUCUAAUUUAAGUUUUAGCCUUAAGCUCCAUUUUAAUUGUCCGUACAUUUUUUAACACUAAUUUUGUUUAAUCAACUUGUCUUUAAGCUUAUAGAUUUACUGUUAAUAUGUAAUUGUUUAUAUGUGAAACGCUUUGUAAAUUUUCAAUAGCAUUCUAAUGUUUUCGAUGGCAAUAGCUCUUAGCUUUUAGCAUACAUUUUAGUUUAGUGUUUUUGUUAAGAGCGAAUGUUCGAUGUAGCGAGUAGGCAGCUUUUCCUUACUGAAAUAAGCUCUAAGAGUUGCAAGCAAAAGGCGAUCAAUAUUUUUGUGAAAAAAAUUUGCAACUUUUUAAAAAAGUAUUGCUAAUCUAAACAUAUUUUUUUUUAUUUGAAAAAUUUUAUUUUUAAUUUUUUAUGUAUUUUUUAUAUAUUUUUGUGUAUUUUUUAUAUUUUUUGUGUAUUUUUUUGAUAUUUUUAUGUUUUUUUUUCAUGUAUUUUAUUAUAGUUUUUAAUUAAUUUUUAUUUAUAAUAUCUAUAUUUUUUAUGUAUUUCGUUUAUUUUUGUGUAUUUUUUAAUUUGUUUUGUAAUUUUUAUUUUUUAUUAAUUUUUAUAUAGUUCCCCUUUCUUUUUGAUUUUUGUCAAACAACUUGUAACUGAAUAACCACAUCAAUACCAAUUACAUUUUGCCUGUGCCUCCAAACGCAUUGUUAUGUUCACCUGUCAUUGCAUAUUUAUCGAUAACAUCAAAUCGCAACCAUCUCUCUUUUAUUUGUGAAACAAUUUAUUUAAAGCGCAUUUUAAAUGUUUUAAAUCGACGAACAUCCCCUCGUUAACUAAAUCUUUGUUUUCAAUUUACAGUUUAUCAUUUUAAAAUUACUUUCUUAUUUUGUAUAAAAAGAAUAUUUUUUGUUUCCUUAAUAUUAAUACGGAAGGCGCCUGCUGAUGUAUUUUCAACUAAUGUACUUUGUCUUAUUCGACUGAAAUUUGAACUAAUUAAUGUUGCCAAAAUUUGUUACCGUCAUGUUUAUUGUAUUUUUUUUUUGUUUUUAAUGUUUUGAGUUUAAACCUUAACAUUUAAAAUUUGCAAAUAUAUUUUAGCUACUUGUAUAUUGAAAUGCUUGACUAUUACACAUUUGGCCUUGAAACGGUUGUUACAAUUGCCUUUAAAUAGCUUUGUUACAGCAAAAACUAAAUAUAAUAAUUAUAAACAAUUCAAAUAAAUUAAAAAAUUGCAAGGAAUUGUCAGAGAAGUCUUAAUAAGCGAAAAAUGUGCCAGCAAUUAAUUAUUAAACAAAAUAA